CAGCCAGACGGGUGCGGCAGGAGGCGACGUCGAAACGGCCCCGCUCGUACCUGGCUCUACUUCGCGCGGCCGUGGCCGCCGUCACGAAGUCCGACUCUUGCCGCUACACCUGUUUCUACUGCGAGAGCCGGUUCAAAUACAUGGGAACUCGCAGCACACACAUGGAGCGCGUGCACAAGGACCAGAUCAUCUCGUCCAAGUCGGAGCGGAGCUCAGAGCAGGCAGAGCUGAGGCAUUACCCAGAUGAUGCGUCCACCGGCAAAGACUCUCACCACAAGUCGGUGCCUUCGGUGGCACGGUCUCGGACCUCAGAGUACCCCAGCAUAUCUGACGGCCGGCAGAAGACGUCCAGAGCGGGAGUGGCGGGUGUCGGCGGUGGCUCGUUCGAGUCGGGCGCAGCCACAGAGGCCUCGGAGCUGGGCACAUCCGCCGAGUCACCGCGUGAGCUGGCCUGGCCGCAUUGCGCCGAACAUGCUGCGGGGAAGGAUGCACUGACGGCACACGGCACAAAGGACCACCCGGCCAGCGUGGCAACGACCAGUUCAGAGACGCCUACAGAACAGAUGGACUGCAGCGACGAGGCGGAAGGGCUGAAGACGCACAUCUCGACGGCUUUUGGUGGGCUGCUGGACCGAGCCCUCAGCAGUCACCUCGAGAGGGGACUCAGCCCAGGGUAG